CUGUUAAGGCUUGGGUUACAGAACCAGAUCCUAGCAAGGCUGCCCUACUGUAUGUUGAUUCAGCACUUGAAGAAAAACAGAACAAUCCAACUCUGAAUUUCAACCUGAAUCUUAGAGAUUCCUUGGAGGACAGAAACAGGGCAAUCAUCUGUUUCUAUAAAAAGCCAAAGGUGGAGUGGGCUACUCCACUACAGUGCAGGCUGAUUGGUGAUUGUGCCAUUGGAGAUGGAGUCAAGAGGCAUGUUCUCUACACAGUAAUGGAAAAUGUUCAAAGUGGCUUUCUCCUUGAUGAAGAGAAAGGAGUGAAAACUUUGCUCUUUGAGGGAGAACAGGACCAUCUCAUUCCCUCCACCUCUCGAGCACUUUUGGAAAGUGAUUUCUUUGCUGUGGUUGGACGGAUUAUUGGGCACUGCUUUUUAAACCGAGGCCCACACUUUACUGGACUGAGCCCUUCAAUUAUGCACGUACUGUUUGGUGGGGAACCAGAGACCGCAACAAUAACCGAAUCGGACUGUGUGGACCAGGAUGUUCGGGAAGUUAUCCAGUUGCUGGAACAUAACACUGACUUCUCUGAAGAGCAAAGAUCACAGGUACUUGCUGUAACCCUCCCCUGGGAUUUACCUGGGGUUACUUCUGAAAACAGGUGGUGGCUGAGGGAGAAAAUUCUUCUUCACUCUGUUCUGGGAAGGACGACACAGCAGGUGAAGCAAUUGAGAAAAGGUCUAAAAGACACAGGUGUCUGGGACUUUUUUAGCUCAAGGCCAGAUGCUGUACCCAUUUUAUUUCCUAGGACCUGUGACACCAACCUAACACCACAGAUGAUUCUGCACAAGAUUAUCUGGCCAAGGGACGAAGAUAUAGAUGAGGAUAUGCUCAGCCUUGAGGAUCAACAAAGAGCAAUACGUUUCCUCAGAAGAUUUAUAGAGAAUGAUAUGCCUUUUUAUCCCAUAAUUACUACAAAAACCUUAUACCAAAAAUAUACUUCAGCUGCAUGCAUACUGUCCGUGUGA